CGUUCUCCUCUUUUGUCUAACCGAAAGUGUACAUCAAAAGCCGCCUGUGCACCCGCCACCAAAGGAUUCGACUUCUACCACGUUAACACUCGAGCUCAUAUGACCACCACCACCACCACCGUGCCUAUCCCGUUUUCUUUUUCACCCAUUCAGCAGCAGCAGCAAAGUGCCACUGCGUCCGUGAUGUCCAAGGUCAGCAGCAGCCUAGUUCUUAACCCGACCUCGCUCUUCAGUUUUCCGCGCAUUGCCCCACAGACAGUUCACCAGCCUCUCUUUUCAUCUCUGGCCGUUGUUGCUUUCCUCAAAGUUCGGAGACCACAACCAUGUGGUGUGGAGGUCUGCUCACAUUUGCGCAACCCUCUGGCGGAAGUGAAUGCCACUUUGUCAGGAAUGUUUUCCUAUCCUGUAUGUGUUCGACCACCGUAUUCGAUGAUGUCCACGAUUUGCCCGAGAGCAGGGACGGUGACUGUGGCCAGGUAUAGUGAAAGUAGACGAGUCGCCAUCUACCCCAGUCUAAACCUUAAUGCGCUUUAA